UUCCAGGUGAUCCUUGCUGUAUCCAGUGCAACAACCUCAGACCUUUCUGUGGCUGCCAUUCCCAAAUUAAGUGCUUCAGAGGGGUAGUGCUCCUUAUUACCUGCAGUGUUAACGCUGAUUUUUUGUCACCAGUGAAGAAUGGAAGUGCGUGGUCCUCGAAGGAAUCCCAGCUACCUCUCAGAUCUCUAUGAGAACAUGUUAAGGGCUGAAGGAGCAGUGGCACGAAGGCAGCAGCAGCCCCCAGCAGUCCAUACAAGUAGCAGCAAGACUUUUCGGAGCAGUGCCCCAGCCAAGGAGAGCCCCCAGCCAAAUAAUCAUGCGAGCAGCACCUCCUCCAGCUGUGACCCAGCCCUGCGGCCCAUCAUGCGUCGCCGAGCAAGGUCCCUGCCAACAUCACCUGAGAGGAGGAAGAGAGCAGCAGUGCAGUGUCAGGAGCCCGGCUGCCGCAUGAACAGGGUCAGGUUUGCCGAUGCUUUAGGCUUGGAGCUCACUGAAGUGAAAGUCUUCCAGACUGGGGAGGAUCCAUCCAUCCCUUUGCACGUCCUUUCCAGGCUCUCCAUAAACUCAGACCUCUGGUACAGCAGCUUGAACUUGGAGUUUACUAUGCAGUGCUUGGUCCCUGACUUCCAGCAGCCUGCAGACUGUGUGGAUUUCUCAUCCCGACUGCAGGAGCAGCAGGUGUGUCUGGAACGGGUGAGCAGCUCAGAUCUGGGGCUCAGUGGCACCAUCCAGGUCCGGAAUGUUGCUUUUGAGAAGCGGGUGUCCGUGCGCUACACCUUCAACCAGUGGGAAAGCAUCCAUGAGGUGUGUGCUCGUUGGAACUGCAGCAUCCCAGAGAAAAAUGGGCAGGAUCACGUUGAUGUGUUCACUUUCUUCCUUCCUGUGCCUCCUUUUCUCCUUCAGCUGAGCACUCUCGUCCAGUUUGCAGCAAGGUACCAAGUCAACGGCCAGGAGUACUGGGAUAACAACAGAGGCAAGAACUACACCCUCAGGUGCCGGACUCACCCCCUGAAGCUGCCGAGGGAGUGUGAGGAGAGCUGGAUCCACUUCAUCUGA